AUGGGUGUCCACAACGUUCAGAACAAGGCCGAGUUCCAGGCCGCCAUUAAGGAGCACGACAUUGUCGUCCUCGACGCCUACGCCGUCUGGUGCGGCCCCUGCAAGGCCAUUGCGCCUACGCUCGUCAAAUACUCCGAGCAAUUCACCAACGCGCACUUCAUCAAGGUGGACGUCGAUGACGUCCCCGACGUUGCCCAGGAGCUCGGCGUCCGCGCCAUGCCUACCUUCAUUCUCUUCAAGAAGGGCGAGAAGGUUGGGGAGGUUGUUGGCAUGAACCCGCCGGCGCUGUUGGCGGCUAUUGAGAAGCUUGCUGGGGGGGGCGCCCCGGCUGCGGCUUAG